AUGCAGGAAAAAGUGCUGGGUGCGAUCGUGGACGCGAAAGCUGGAUUGAGGGCUGAGAAGAGGAUUGAGAAAGGGAAGCUCGCCAACAUCAGGGCGGCGGGCCUCGCGGAGAAGCAGAACGCCGAAAGGCGUUGCGCACCAGGGGCCGGCUCGACAUCAUUCGGGGCGGCUCACGCCAGCGACGAACGCGCCCGUGCCAAAGUUCUUCAACGCGAGCUCUCAACGGCGGGUAGCCAGCGGGCAAGCGAGGGGGGAGGGGCUGCAAGGAAGUUGCCCCCGCUCGGCGCGGACAUCCAAAAGAAGCUCAGCGCGCAAAAUGAGGUUGAUCUGGCCUACAUCACAGGAGCGACGACGGAGCAGGUGGACCUCGUCCUCACCAAGGGAUUUACUCAAGAACAACUUCCUUUGGAGACCGCGGAUUUCAGCGUUGUUAAGGGAGCGGGCUUCCAAAUCAGUGGUUAUGACGCGUAUAUGGUGAAGGAGUUGUGUGAUAAGUACGGCGCCGACUAUCAGUUGUUCAUGGCAUGUGAUCGCGUCUCCGUGUACACCGACGGGUGGACAGUAGGGGAUCCUGGGUGUCCAACGGAGGAGGAGUUAGACGGGCUAUCUGAGAAGCUGGCCACCCUGCUUGUGUACGGCACCGUGAAACCCAACAAUGGCACCUCACCGGAGCAUCCAAGCAGCGCCAGCAGCAGCGCCAGCAGUGACGUGUUUGACUUGUCGGGCGAUGGACAAGCCGGCGGAGGUGGGAAGCGUGCCCCGAAGAGCAGCAGGAAGACACGGAACACGACCAACCGUGCGAGCGAGGAUGGCCUUCUGCAGAUGAUGAGGGAGGCGUCGCAGAAGCAGGAUAAGGCUUUUGAGCUCCAGUUGCAGCGGGAAGAGUUCAAGGACCGUAGGCGUUCGGACGAGAAGAAGGAGGCUGCGCAAGUGCGCAAGGAGGACAGGGACUUUGCCGAGCAGCAGCGUAAGGAGGAGAGGGAGAGGGAGAGGGAACUCCGCCAAGAGCAGUGGGACCGGGAGAGGAAGGCGCGGAAGGACGAGCGGGACGACGAGAGGCGGGAGCGGCAGGACCUACAGGACUUCGAACUAAAGAAGUUGAAGAUGCAGCUGGAGCUAGCGCAGUACCAGGCACAGCUAGCGAAGCACCAGGCAGAGUCUUAAGGUCCGGAGACGGUUGCUGUGGGGU